AUGGGCUACGACAUUCCGUAUCUUAAAGAUUGUCUUGGACAGGCCAUUGGUUAUGUGCGGCCCCUGCAAAAAGACUUAGAUCGUAGUCCACUUCCCGUACAGGUAGGUUAGUUUUUGUUGGUUAGUUUUUGUACAUUGGAACUUAAGAGUUGCAGAAUCUAACAACAGCACUAGAAGGCCUGUAAUCUCCUUUCAAGAGAACUUCGACAAAUAAUAGCCCCUUGACUUAUUUGAACACAUGGAAAUAUUAUGGAAUUCUGCCCUAUUUUAUGCCAGUCAGAACCAGAUACAGGAUGUAACUUGAGACAUGAAAAUUUUGCAUGUCAACCCCCUCCCCUAGCUUCAAGGAAACUCUGUUUAAUUGUGAAGUGGUGAGUCUGGAUCACUUGGUCAAUUGUCUUUCAAAUCAGGGGAAUAAAGUUGAAUCUUUUUUUGGUGUUAAUUUUUAUAUUUGUUGUACAUUCAGAAAAGCACUGCUGUUAGUAACUUGCAAAAUGCCCCCAAGGUAAUUUGCAUAAAUUGUAAAGAUGAUGUGCCCCUGACGUUAUGGCAAGACCAUCAGAUGAUCUGUGAGGGAGGGUCAUCCAAGGAGACAGGGGACAGAUGUGAGGUGUGUAAUGGA